ACUUAAGAAGCCUCAAAUCAGUCUGCAAGUGGCAACGGUGGUGUAUGGUUGUUUAGUGCACGGCUCUCUGUUGUUUCUGUGAUUCCAUAUCUCCCUGUUAAGCGCAAACAUGGUCAUCAAAGUCUACGUCUCCACCAUCUCCUUCAGCCAGGAGAUUAAGAAAAAUCAGCAGCGAGCUGUUAUGAUCCUUGAGAGUAAAAACAUCCCCUUCGUCGCCAUUGACAUCACCGACCCCGGCCAGGAAGACUCAAAAGACUACAUGAACGAGAAUGCCAAACCAAAGGGAAACAACAGGGUUCCUAUGACUCCACAGAUCUUUAACGAUGCUGAAUAUUGUGGUGACUUUGACGACCUGGACAUGUCCAAUGAAACUGAUUCACUUGGGGAGUUCUUGAAACUAACCGAGGAAGAAAAGAAAGGCAUCAAGAUUGGCAUCACUGGCAUCCUCCCUGAAGACAGAGCGAAGGCAAAGCAACAGAGUGAAACACCACAGUUGACCAAUGGUGUUUCAGCUAGUCGAGAGAAUGGAGCGCAAGAAGCCGCUACGGAAGCCACAACUGAGGCAACAGAAACACCAGCAGAGCCGGCAACAGAAGUCACAGACGAAGGACUGACAGAUGCUGUGGGAGACAGAGAUGGGGAGAUAGAAACAGAGGUAGCCGAGGGUGAGGAAGCAGUAGAAGAAGAUGUAGGAGGAGGAGAGACAGCUGAAGGUGAGGAGCAUGAAGCAGCAGAGGAGGAGAGUGAGAAGGAGGCAGAAGCUUUUGCUGAGGAUAAGGAAGUAGCAGCAGAUUAUAAGGAAGCAGAUACGGAAGGUGGGGAAGAAACAUUGGAUAAAGUACAGACGGAAGAUGAUGACGCUGAAGCAUAAGAGAGUGGAUAUGGAAAUCCUUGAACAAGCCUUAACAUUCAAGAGAACCAAUGACCAUGUGAAGAUACUGAAAGGGAUUCUUGGCAACCCAGUGGUAUUUAUAAGCUUGGAAGAAGUUCAGCUGGUGAUAUGACCUUACACAUGGCGUUGCAAUGCCUGAAUUCCCUCGCAAAAGCAGAAUUUUCAGUUAUGUUGUGUGAUGGCAAGUGUCAUCAUCAUGUACUGAUUAGCUGGUACUUUGGCUUAGGUUACUUCUUGCAUCAUUCUGGAAUUCCAAGUUAGCCUUACUCAGGGGGCUUGUCAGAUACCACUGCCUAUUAUUGCUCACAACCUAUUCAUUCUUCAAUGAAACUGAAUUCCACAGCAUCUAUGGGGAUGCUAAUGAAGAACCUAUUCAUUAAUUUUUUCAUUCACCAGCCCAUUUCACCCUAGCUUGCAUAACAUGUGAUCCACUGUUAUUACCCCAGAGCUUCAGCAUGUUCAUCUUAGAAGCUAUGCACAAGAUUAUCAAUUAUCUAUUAAAUUUAUAUAAUUUUUUUUUACAUUAUCCACUUCCUUUUAUAUUAUCCCUUGACAUGCUGCGUCACUGCAAACAUUGCUUAAGUUGUACAUUUUUCAAAAUCUUAUAUUUAAUUAAACCACAUUGGCACUAGGUAGAUAGACUUAAUGAGAUUUGCUCUCUGUGCAUCAGUAUUAGUAUCACAACUAGUUUUAGCUCCUCAUAAACUGUUUCUACCGAAUUAUACUGGUGACAUACAGUACUACGUAUACAAUAGCAUUAUUGAGCAUGAAUAGAGCAAGAAAAUUUUGUACUGUAAGGAAAAAAAGUCCGUAUUAUAUACAAGUGAUAACAAUUAUUCCUUGAGGUACUCACAAUAGUGAACAUUUUAUCAAUUUGUCUCAGUUGUAUUGUUCAAGGAUUAGGAUAUUUUAUCCACAUUGUUCAAAGACUAUUGAUGUACACUAUAUCAAAGUCUUACAUACAUGGAUUAUAAUAUAAUUUUUAAAGUUAUCUAUAAUACAUAUAAGAUCAAGUUGAUGAUGUAAUAAAAAGGAAGUGCAAUAUACCACAUCCUGUGUGUUGUGACAGGUUGUGAAAAAGUGAUGAUGUUGAGAAAAAAAAUUGAUUUUUAGUUGCCAUAUGUUUUUCCUUAUGUUUGAUAUUUCAUGGUCAUUAUUCAUAAAUAAAUAUCAUCCAAGUAAUUAUGAUUUACUUACAUAAGUGUGCAACAAAUUUAUACUGUUUCCUAUUGUCUUUUAAUUUUUAUUUUUUAAGCUGGAGAACAUUUCUCACUUUGGUGCACAGAAAACUUAUUUUUCAUUUUGGUGCACAAGAACCUAUUUUUCAUUUUGGUGCACAGGAAACUAAGUCAAGUUCUUUCGUUUACAAGAUUACUUGUUAUUAUCAUUGUUUCUUCCUUGAGUCCUGUCUUUACUCCCAUGUGAUAAUACCCAGCAGUCUGAUCGCUUACACUGGACAACAUAUCAUUUCCGUGGCAUCAAAUAACUGUACGUAAUGGGAGAAUAGAUAAACCUUUCAGUAUGCAAGCGGCUCCAAGUGUUGUUUUGUCCAAUAUGAAAGUGCUUCCUGGGCUUUUAUAAUUUAAAAUACAAGAAGCUAGGAAUCUUCCAAAUUGUAUGUGAAUAAGUGAAUGUACCUGUUUUACUUUAUAAAUAAAAUUGAAAAUGAUG